UGUUGAUAUUUGACACGUGUCGACGAUGUGUUAGACACAAAUACUUCAUGUAUAAUAAUUUCACUUUGUCUUAACUGGCGCAUGCGCACUGCGAUGUCUCUACCACACCUGAUGGCUAAGUCAAGAAGAACACUGUAAAUAUUCAUCCGGCGUUUGGAUGGCAAAAACCUACGAUUUCUUAUUUAAGUUGCUUCUGAUCGGCGAUUCCGGUGUUGGAAAAACCUGUGUGCUGUUUAGAUUUUCCGAGGAUGCCUUCAAUUCGACAUUCAUCUCGACAAUUGGUAUCGACUUCAAGAUACGAACAAUUGAAUUAGACGGAAAGAAAAUCAAGCUUCAGAUAUGGGAUACAGCAGGUCAAGAGCGAUUCAGAACAAUCACAACAGCAUAUUAUCGUGGUGCAAUGGGCAUCAUGUUGGUGUAUGAUAUUACCAAUGAGAAAUCCUUUGAUAAUAUUAAAAAUUGGAUCAGAAAUAUUGAAGAGCAUGCAUCUUCGGAUGUUGAAAAAAUGGUCCUGGGCAAUAAAUGUGAUAUGGAUGAUAGACGUCAAGUUUCCAAGACAAGAGGCGAACAACUUGCCCUGGAAUAUGGUAUUAAAUUUAUGGAAACAAGUGCAAAAGCAAGCAUCAACGUGGAAGAAGCUUUCUUUGCUUUGGCUCGUGACAUCAAAGCAAAAAUGGAUAAGAAGUUGGAGGAUCAAAACAGAGCAACUGGCAGUGUUAAGAUUACAAAUCAACCCAAUAAAAAGUCGAAUAGUGGUUGGAGAUGCACGCUAUUAUAGUAGUGUGAUUGUAUGUUAACUAGCUUUUGUGAUAUUAAGACAAUUAUGAAAUAUCAUAUAUGCUGUUUAGGAAUAGCUUAAAUACAGAACAGAUUGGAGUCUUGUCAGUGAAAUUGAACUUCCUUCCAUUGUGUGGUGUUCGCAUAUUUUCCCUAUUAAUUCAUGUGUGUUUUUUUUUGAAUUUAUUUACAAUACUAUUUUACAGUGAUAAUUUUGGCAAUUAUUUUAUUGAUUUAUCAUACAUUAAAAAGAAGAUACCUUAAUGACUUUCAUGUAAUGGUUAACAAUGAAUGUAUUUAAUUGGUAUUAAAAACAUGCAUAUGUA